CAGCCCGGCGCUCGUUCAGUAUUCAUGAAGCGACGUGACGUCACAGAUGUCAGUGUGCGCACAUGGAACUGCGAACCCGCUCGGCAGCUCGCGGGCUGGCAGAGCUGCCGUCUGGGAGCGCGGAGUCACAGUCUGCCCGAGCGUCGAGAACCGAGAUAUGGAGAAAAUGGCAAGACCUUUAAACCCAACUUUCCUACCUCCGACACACGGUGUUCUGAAAUCGCUACUCGAGAAUCCGAUGAAAUUGCCCUUUCACCAUGAAGAAGGCUUCGGGAAGGAUAAGGAGAAAAAGCUGGAUGAAGAUGGUGGGGACCCCAACGCACCUCAGUCAGCCUUCCUGGGGCCGACACUCUGGGACAAGACGCUACCCUACGAUGGUGACAGCUUCCAGCUGGAGUAUAUGGACCUGGAGGAGUUCCUGUCCGAGAAUGGCAUCCCAUCCAACACCAAUGCCCAGCACGAGCAGAACCAGCACCAGCCGACACCCCCAGCACCAGCGGCGCCCCCAGUGGUGGACCUCAGCAACCGCGCCACCACCUCCGUCCACACAGCCAUGGUCCCUCAGAACUGCUUGGAGAGCCCUCCCCGGUCAGCACUGCCCUCUGCGCGUAACACCCCCAGCCCCAUCGACCCGGAAACAAUCCAGGUUCCCGUGGGGUACGAGCCAGACCCUGCAGACUUAGCUCUGUCCAGCGUGCCUGGCCAGGAGAUAUUCGACCCACGCAAACGCAAAUUCUCUGUGGAGGAGCUGAAGCCGCAGCCCAUGAUUAAAAAAGCCAAGAAGGUCUUCAUACCCGAAGACCUGAAGGAUGACAAAUACUGGGCACGUCGCAGGAAGAACAACGUGGCAGCCAAGCGCUCGCGGGACGCACGGAGGCUAAAGGAGAACCAGAUCGCCAUCCGCGCAGGCUUUCUGGAAAAGGAGAACUCGGCGUUGCGGCAGGAGGUGGCCGACCUCCGCAAGGAGCUGGGCCGUUGCAGGAACAUCCUGUCCAAGUACGAAGCACGCCACGGGGCGCUGUGAGGGUGGAGCCCCCCCCCCCCAAUAACCAAUCCCACCAAGGACUGUAUCUGUUUGUAACCCAACACCUCUGAUAACACCGCCCCUCGGCUUUUUACCCAACUGAUCACCUCAGAAUUGUUCUUUAACCUGUAUUCCGGUAACCGGUAUUUCGACGAAUCUCUAGUUUAUUUCACUGCUCCACACUGGGAUUCUCCACCCCCAGCUUUACCUGGUUCCAUGAGCCCCACUCCGAAUAUCUUCAUGUUAUUUUUUUGCUGCUUUAGAAUUGAUAAUCCUACCUACUGCUUUAUUCUCAAACCUGUUCUGCAGGGCCGGGUCGGACUCAGACUUUAUUAGAUACGGUAAAUGUACAUUACCUCUCUUUCUGAACACUUCAUUCACCCCGGUUACCUACAGUGUAUACUUUUCGUACGUGGUUUCCGUUUUUAGAUGGGUAUAUUAUUGCAUUUUAUUUUAGUGGCAUUUCACAGCGAGCGGCGACGUCCCUCCGGCAUCGCAGCGUCCUCUCCCCGUCUGCUCCGUGUUUGUUUCCGACUCAGAGAUCAGCGCUUUAACUGUUCCUUACCUCAGCAUGUAGGGGUUUCUGUUUGGCGGAGGGCGAGCGUCGCCUGGGGCCCGUCCGAAGGCGAAGCAAUAAUCGGGCAUAUGCAAAGCGGCGCUGCGGACUCGCCUCUCCGCCUCCGCGUUUCUGGCGGCGCCCGCAGGCCGGUUUUUAAAGUGCAGUCGCCCUUCAGCCGCGGUCUAGAGGGCGAUUCCGACACGGGUCACUUUCCUCCUCAUCUGGGUCCACAGAACCUCGGAAGGGGUCCCUCCUUCCAUACGAAAUCUACCGUACUGCGUGCUUUACAAUCUGAUUGGGUGUAGCCUGGCUACUUAUUCAGUCUCUUUUCUUCUUAUUUGCUUUAAAGGUGACGCCUGUUUAAAAUAUAUUGACAGUUGUUAUUACUAUUAUUAAAUACAUGUUCUUAUUUGUUUUAAAGCAAAAUACAUUUUACAAAUCACUAAUUUUGAUUUGUAGACCAGUAAUAUUUUUGUUUUAUUCUAAGCAUGGUUAAGGAGCGUAAUCGGCUUAAUUCUUUCUUCGUAAAGUUAUAUACACCUCUAGUAUGUAUAAAAUGUCAUUUUUGUAGCUGUUUGCCUUCCUCCAAGAUGGCUGUAAUAGGAAUGUAAAAGAUGUUUAAAAACAGUGAUGGUGACCUUGUCCAGUGCUGUGGUUAACCCAGUCAAUUUAUUACUGUUUAAUACAGACCAAAAGAUAUUAUGUGAUAUAUUAAAUAUACACAUAUAUAGAUUAUAAGAGAUUAAAUGUUUAUAAGAAGUAUUCUAUACGUUUUUGUACUGUGUUCUUUUCCAAAUACCUGCAAUGUAUUUUAAGAUAAUAAAUUAAGAUACGUCUAAAAGUACAAAAUGAA